AUGUCCACCCCACCACCCCCGAACGACAUACGGUAUCCUUUACCCGCCUCCCCUCAUCCCCAAGGGAAAUCGCAGGAAAAGGCCUUCAACAAUGAACGCUUCACACCAGCAGAAUACCACGUUAGAGUGCCCACGUGGAGCUCUGGCCACCAUGCAACUGACCCGCACCGAGCGGAGCUUAGUGCACCCCUGGUCACCGUGUUCAAGCGGAAGACCAUGGUUGAAUGA